AUGGAAGCUGUAUUACCCGUGGAAGUGGAAAUUCCUUCACUGAGGGUACUUUCUCAAAUCAAGCUCUCUGAAGCUGAAUGGAUUCAACAAAGAUUUGAACAACUUAAUAUGAUUGAUGAAAAUAGGGUAAAAGCUUUAUGCCAUGGACAAAGCUAUCAGAAGAGAGUAGCUAGGUCAUUUAAUCGCAAAGUUAGACCAAGACAUUUUGAGAUCAACGAUCUUGUCUUGAGGAAGGUUUUACCUAUCAUUCCAGAUCCUCGCGGGAAGUUUACUCCAAACUAUGAAGGUCCAUAUAUUGUAAAGAAAGUGCUACCCGGUGGGGCACUAAUCCUUGUAGAAAUGGAUGGUCAUGAAUUGCCAAGACCUGUAAAUGCUGAUUCUGUCAAGAAGAUCUCUGACGAAGAUUCUACCUAUCCGCAGGAGGUUCAUCUCAAGAGUGCAAAACUUUCAAAAGUGUCCAUUCUUCUAUAG